AUGGAUCUGCUUCGCGAAACGUCGCAGGAAAUCGCCGCCGGCGCCUACGAGAAGGCGGCGAAGAAGCUUUUUUCGCCGCGCACGAUCGUAAUGCCGCCAGAAGGACCGUCGCUCUUCCUCCUCUCCUCCUUCCAAAAAGCCGCCUUCCUCCAAAGUCUGUCCCUGACCCUCCCGAACGUCGAGUUUCAGCCAGACGGCAUUUCCAUAUACGACCUCAAGUACAAAACGUACAAGAAGUACGGAAUGACCACAACGGGGACGUAUGUCACCUCCCCAUCCCCUCUCGUGCCGGCCGCUACACCCGACAACGGCAAGUUCAUCUUCUACUGGGAUCUCCUCAAGGAGAAGCAGGUCGGCGCUGCUGACGUGGCUCAGUUUUCCUUGGAGGGCGACGAGGGGGCGAACGCGCUUCGCGCCGUUGUCGAAGGCGCGUCGACCAAUGUCGUUACAAGCAACGGAAAGUACAUUUGGGGCGUCAGCUGGAUGGUCUGGAACUCCGAUCUGCCCAAGGACGCACCCGAGGAACCUUCCAAGAAUGUCGCCACCAAUUUUCCCGAAGCUGCUGGAGCCGCCACGGCGGUAGCGUGGUUCGACCAGGUUCAGGGCGCUGCAGAAGCCGCCGCAAAUGCGGUACCGGCGGCAGUGGGCGAUCCGCGGCCGCAGGACAUCAUCAUGCAGAUCCAGGCGGCGUGGGAGGGCUUCUCGGCCGCCAUCGCGACGGGCGACGCCGUGUCGGCGACGGCCAUCUUCGCGCCCGUGGUGAUUCUGCUGCCGCCCAACCAGCCGCGCACCAUGCUCGUCACGCCCGACCAGAAGCAACGCUUCGCCCAGGAUCUGAUCGACGCGCAGGUGGCGCUGGGCGUGACGGUGGAGGACGUGGUGCUGGUGGAGCUCAAGGCCUCCACCGACCCCAUCAUGGCGGGCGGCUCCAGCAGCCUCUCGGCGCUCGUGCGCAGCAGCUACUCCAAGACCACCCAGUCAGGUCAUGUGGUGGAGAUGGGGAAGCGCGUGGAUCUGUGGCAGAGGAACCCAAUGUUCCCCGGCCAGUGGUACUUCGUCUAUUCCAUCUGGAACUCGGAUGGGCUUGUCGCACCCACACUUGGCUAA